CAAGAGAAAAAAAAAAAUACAACUAGUUAAAUGACGCAGAGAAAAAGAUAAUCAGACGCUCAGUAAUGGGCGGUACACGGUUCUCCCCUUCAUGACUGCGGCAGGACACGGAAACUGCGAGCUUUUGGCUUGGACCGCACGGUGAAGACUGAGGGGCUCUUAUUAACGGAAAGUCAUGUCUGGUGAUGGACUUGAUCAGACCAUAUUGGAUCCGAUCAUCCCAUAUGUUGGCACAAUCUUUAAACGUUUGGAACCAGGAGCCAUGGUAGUGAUCCAUGGUUCUGUAGCUCAUGAUGCAGACAGGUUCCAGAUAGACUUCCAGUGUGGCAGCAGUCAGAAUCCCCGCUCUGAUGUGGCUUUCCAUUUCAACCCUCGAUUUAAAGGUUCAGGGGUCAUAAUCUGCAACACGUUACAAAAUGAAAGAUGGGGUUGGGAAGAAAAAACAUACCAGAUGCCUUUCACAAAGGGCACGCCGUUUGAAGUCCUAUUUCUGGUUCUGCAUAAUAAAUUCCAGGUGUCUUCAAAUGGGAAGCACUUGUUGACUUACAAGCAUAGGAUCAAUCUGGAAAAAGUUGACACUCUCGGUAUAUAUGGGAUGGUGACAAUUAACCAAAUUGGAUUUGCCUAUCAAGCAAUACAGCAGGGCUCACAACCAACAUCUCUUGCACUUACUUCGAUGAAUUCCAUGCAGGCAUCACAGAACAGCCUGAAUUUUGAAAUUCCUUACACUGGAAACCUUCCUAAUGCCCUGAGCCAAGGAAGAACAGUGGUUGUGAAGGGUGAAAUAAGCAAAAACUGCAAAAGCUUCACCAUUAAUCUUAAGCCCAGUGGCUCCAGGGACAUCGCUUUGCACUUGAAUCCUCGAAUGACGAAGAAGGUGUUUGUGAGGAACACAUACUUGUACGAUAGUUGGGGAGAAGAAGAGCAGCAACUACGUGAAUUCCCCUUCUUUCCAGAUAUGUAUUUUGAGCUCCUCAUCUACUGUGAAGCUCACCAGUAUAGGGUUGCUGUUAAUGGAGAACAUCUUCUGGAGUAUAAGCAUCGAUUUAAAGACUUGGCCAAGAUCAAUGAGAUUACCGUUGAUGGAGACAUUCAGCUGUAUGAUGUCAGAGCCUGGUAGAAAAGAAAUAUGACAUCUGGCAACCAAUCAUAUUGUCCCAGAUUGGUGGUAUUCCUCUCACCCCAGGAUACACUGUACAACCGAAUAGUCUUUAUAUUGAUUAAAAUGGCUACCUUUUAUUAAUGGACAUAUCCUAGCCCUAAAAUAACUGUACUAGCUGAAUUACCUUAUAUCGCAAUAAAGACUCAUGCACACGUCUGUAUUUUGCUUCAGUAUGCUAUCCGUUUUUAUUUUUUAAUGGAUAGCACAUUGACCCAUACAAUUUAGUGGGGCCACACACUGAUCUGUGUGCCCAACCUAUAAAACUUACCGCAGGUAUUUUUCAUGUCUGUUUUUGCUGAUGAGAAUAGCACUUUCUAUUGAUAGGAGGGAGUAAAAAAUGGAACGCACAUGGAAGGAUCAGUUUUAUUAUUAUAAUUUUUUUGUUUCUUUGCAGACUGAAAAUCAUAUACAGCUGUGUGCAUGAGGCCUAAUAAUUAGAAAUGGCAACUAAGACUGUUGGCUACAAAGCUGGGUAUUAACAGACAAGUCUGUCACCCCCUGACCUAAAGGGCAGACUGUAUUCUUGGGCCUCAUUUAGACAGGCCUAAGGCUUGGAUGUAGCACACGGACCCCUGGCGCCUCUUUUGAAUUGGAUUGACGGCACCUUAGUGAUUUACAUCUGAAAGGCGUACCGUUAAUGGUGGGUACAGGGCGGCCAUUUAAAUGAGGCCUUACUCUAUAUUAUUUGCUAUAGAAAAGGAAUUAUUUUAAUGAAGUCGUCUUGAUUUUUUAUAUAUGUUGUUGCUAUCUAUGUGCAAAUGAACAGAUAACGGUUUAAAGACUGCAUUAAAGGGAAUCUGUCACCAGCAACCUCCCUAAGUGUUUGCAUAGACAUUUGCAGUAGUUCACCUCAUUAAAAUGCUGUUUUCAUUUGGCGAUCUGAGUCUCCAUUUCUGAGUUAUGAUACUUUCUUUCAAUAUGCAAAUUAGGCCUUUGGUGCAAUGAGGGUGUCAACAUUGCUCUUGUUGCACACAAGCUCUGCUCCUUCACUGUUUUGCCACUUCAAGGUAUAUAUAUGCAGAAUGUGUUUUAUUUUCAAGCAGCUGUACAUCUGAUAUUUCGGUCCUUUUUUCAAACUAAUGCCGAUAUGAGAAGAAGAGAGAAAGUGGAUGUCAGCGCUACGGAAGAUGUGUGGUCACACAGUAGAAUAUGCGCAUAUUCUGUAGCGCUGACGCUUUCUUCUUCUCAUAGCAGGACAGGUCAUCAGUAUCAGAUCUGCGGGGGACCGACGCCCAGGAACCCCGCCGAUCAGCUGUUAGAAGAGUCCGGAGCACCGGGAGCGCCGCACCCUUUUCCUAGGCCAUGUGACGUCGCCAUACAUCGGUCACACUGCCUAGUUGCAGCUCAGCCCUAUUGAAGUGAAUAGGGCUGAGCUGCGAUAAACAGUACAGCCGCUGUACAAUGUAUGGUGCUGUGCUUGGAAAGCUGCCGGGUGCCGGUUGUGCUCACCAGAGUUUCAGUGAGAGUGGCGGCUCCCUAAAACAGCUGAUCAGCGAAGGUGCCGGGACUCAGACCCCGCCGAUGUGGUAAUGAUGACCUAUCCUGAGGAUAGGUCAGCAUUAUCUUUUCAAGAUAAACCCUUUAACCAUGUUAAAAGGGUGGGAACCCUACUCAAAGCACCCCCACAUAUCUAUUAUACUGCUUUGUACUGCCUAGACCUGUCAAUUAAAGCAGUGAUGGAGGGGCUGGCCACAGAAACGAGUAAAGCUUGGGUGCAACAAGAGCAACGAUGACACCCUCAUUGCAUCAAAGGCCUAAUCUGUCUAUUAAGAAAAAGUAUCCUAACUCUGGAAAGAGUCUCGGAUCAACAAAAGAAAGUGAACCCCAGCUAUGUGUAUAUGCAAACAG